CGGUGUCCGUCCAAUCGGAGAAAAAUGGCGGUGUGGAGUAGCAUUUUGCGUGCUGCGAGGCAGAAAUUGCUGCAGAACAGCGGGUCCGGAACGUCGUUGUUGAAGAACGGACAAACGAGAUGCAUGUCGGAGGAACGCACGUUCGCCAUACGACCGAGUCGUUUCCAGUGGCACAAGACGAAAGAUUAUUUUCACUUUUACUUUCUGCUCGGUGCCAUUCCCGUUGGCAUCGCGAUCACCCUGAUUAAUGUAUUCAUCGGUCCUGCCACGCUCGAGGAGAUCCCCGAGGGUUACGUUCCAAAGGAAUGGGAGUACCUUCAGCAUCCGAUUAAAAGAUUCUUCCAGCGCUACUUCUUUCCGUCGCCGCAGCAGGAAUACGAGAAGUAUCUGCAUUUCAUAUACCACGAGAACCAGCUCAGGAAAGUCAGGCUUCUCCAACACCAGGUGGACUACGCGAUGGGCACCAAUCGGGAUUAUAGAGGCCCGUACUUCAAGGAGAUGUACGGCUCCAAGUAUCUGCACUUGUACAAACAGUCCAUGGACCAAAGGAUCGAAAUGGACGAGUAAAAUUGACUUUGUUCUGCUUGUUUUUAAUUGGAGAGCACCGUGGGAGCUGGAGGAAACUAUUCGAUCAGGUGUAGAUCCUAUGUAGAUCCUAUGUUCUAGGAUUCUGAUUAAUUUAUGCCGCAGAGUAAACGCCCUGCGCGGUGUCAAAUUUCUGCCGAUAAACUACAUUGUACAGUUACUACAUAGUUAAUAAAGUCUUAAAAUUUUCCUUGUGUGAAAAUA